AUGACGCUCGCAAGAUGCAUGUCUUCCCCGGCAACAGUGGCGUACUCCGAAGAUGCACCCGACAAACUCUCACUGAUCUCCCUCAAGAACCAUAUAGUUAUCGAUCCAUUCGGGGUGAUGAGCUCAUGGAAUGACUCUCUGUCCUUCUGUAAUUGGAUGGGUGUAAAAUGUAGCCGCCGGCACAAAGAAAGGGUCAUCGCUCUGAACCUAAUGGAUCAUCAGUUGGUUGGCUCGAUACCAGCAUCCAUAGGAAAUCUCUCCUUCCUCCAAUAUUUUUACCUCGGCAGCAAUGGCUUCCGGGGUCGGAUCCCUCCGGAGGUUGGUCGUUUAUACCGACUUAAGUACCUCAACCUCAGCCAUAACGCUAUUGAGGGAGACAUACCUAUCAAUUUGACUUCUUGUUCAGAACUUCUGGGCAUCGAUUUGACAGGCAACAAGUUAACGGGUAAGAUCCUAGCCGAACAGAAGAGUACGCUAAUCAAACUGAUUAGUUUUCUAGUUCCAGAUAAUGACCUGACAGGGAAUUUUCCAGAAUGGUUAGGAAAUAAAACUUCACUGCUUGAAGUUUCCAUCUCAGAUAACCAUCUACAGGGUACCAUCCCCGCUGCCGUUGGGAAAAUGUCAAGCUUACAAUUUCUGAAGAUUUCUGGAAACAAUUUCUCCGGGACUAUCCCCCCUUCAGUUUAUAAUCUUACUUCUCUCUUAUUUCUUGAUGUGGGAAACAAUGGACUGCAUGGUGAAAUUCGGCCUGAUAUUGGCUUCACUCUUCCUAAUCUAGAAGGGCUUUACGUUGGAAGAAAUAGCUUCACAGGCAAAAUACCUGUUUCGCUACCCAAUGCGACAAGACUGGUAGAACUCGACUUCGCCAACAAUAGUUUCGCUGGAACCCUACCUCUAAACCUUGCAAACUUAAAGGGGCUUGGCAGAUUAGUUCUCUUUAAGAACGAGUUGACAAAUUUGAAGGACGACGGCUUCAGUUUUAUGACUUCUUUAACCAACUGUAGCAGACUCCGAUUCCUGGAUAUAAGCAUGAACCAAUUUAAAGGUGAGUUACCUCCUUCGGUUUCCAACUUCUCGAGUGAGCUCGAAUGGUUAAUAUUGGGAUCAAACCAGAUAUCUGGCAAAAUUCCAAGUGGAAUAGAACGCUUGAAAGGUAUAACUCGCUUGGACAUGUCUAGGAACGUUAUUACAGGUGUGAUUCCUGAAAACAUUGGAAAGCUUCAGGAAGCUGUCAACAUCUUGAAACUUAACCUGUCCAGUAACAACCUCACUGGCACAAUACCAGCAGAGGUAGUCACCCUUCCUUUAAUGUCCAUUUCAUUUAAUUUGGCUAGAAACCUCUUGAACGGACCGCUGCCCCAAGAGCUGGGUAAUAUGAGCAGCCUUGUAGAAUUGGAUGUUUCUGACAAUAGGUUGUCGGGAGUCAUUCCUCCUACAUUGGAGAAAUGCAUAAUGCUAGAACGUCUUGAUCUGGGAAACAACCUAUUUGAAGGAAGCAUCCCUUCCUCUCUCAGAGCUUUGAAAAGCCUUCAACUCCUUGACCUAGGAAGGAACAAGUUAUCCGGUCAAAUUCCGAAGUACCUACAGAAUUUCACUCUCCUACAGGAUCUAAACUUGUCAUUCAAUAACCUCGAAGGAGAAGUACCAUAUGAUGGGUUAUUUCGGAAUGUCAGUACCAUAUCAAUUACAGGGAACAGCCGCCUCUGUGGGGGUACAAAGGAACUAGGACUACCUCCAUGCAAAAUCCACAGAAAGAAGAAGCAGGCCACUCUUAAGUUAGUGAUUCCAUUAACCAUUUUGUGCUUCCUCCUUUUAGCGUGCUUCUUGAUUAGUCUGAUCAGGCGGAGGAAAUCUGGAAGAAAACGACCUUCAGCACCAUCCGUCAAAGAACACUUUCCAAAAGUUUCAUAUCUUCAGCUCCAGCAAGCCACUGAUAACUUCUCAUCUUCGAAUUUGAUUGGAGAAGGAAGUUAUGGCUCUGUGUUCAAAGGAAUUCUAGGAGAAGAAAGGAUGAUGGUAGCAGUCAAGGUACUCAAUCUCAGACGAAAGGGAGCUUUCAAGAGUUUCAUUGCAGAAUGCGAGGCGUUGCGAAGUGUCCGUCCGAAUCUCGUCAAGAUCAUCACCACAUGCUCAAGCAUUGACUUUCAGGGUGCCGAUUUCAAAGCUCUAGUGUAUGAGUUUAUGCACAAUGGAAGUCUAGACGAGUGGUUGCACCCAAAAGAAGAUCAACCUGAAGUAACGAAGUCUGAAGUCCGACCUGAUAUGAGGAAUCUUAGCCUUGUCCAAAGACUGAAUGCAGCCCUUGAUAUGGCCUUGGCAAUCGACUAUCUUCACAACCAAUGUGAAACUUCACUAGUUCAUGGUGAUCUAAAGCCAAGCAAUAUUCUGUUUGAUCAUGAUAUGACAGCUCAUCUAGGAGAUUUUGGGCUAGCAAAAUUUCUACCAAGUGCCUUACCGGAUAACUGCUCACCGAAUCAAAGCAGCUCCACAGGAGUGAAGGGAACAGUCGGCUAUGUUCCUCCAGAGUAUGGCAUGGGUGGCAAGGCAUCCAUGCCUGGAGAUGUCUACAGUUUCGGAGUUCUGCUACUGGAGAUGUUCACGGGAAAACGCCCUACGGAUGGCAUGUUUAAGGAUGGGAUGACCCUCCAAGAAUAUGCUAAGAUAGCUUUGCAAGGAAGAGCGGAAGAGAUUGUUGAACCUUCACUGCUACAGGAAGCACAAGCUCAUUACAGUCACAGAGAGGCUGUUGAGAGUCGCAGAGCCCAUUUUCCUGGAGAAAAUGUUGAGAGCAGUAAAGCCACAACGACCAAAAUUGAUUGCUUGAUUGCUCUCUUGAGGCUUGGAGUCCUAUGCUCACUGGACAGUCCUAACGAGCGCAUGAAGAUGAAAGAUGUCGCAACAGAACUUUCUGAAAUCAGGGCAAAGUUCCUUGGCCAGAGAACAUGAUCAUGAUGCACAGAUCCUACAGCUCGACUGGGAGUAGCCUUCAGUUCUUGGCUAGCAACAAUUACAUCAGAUAUUCACCGUAGACAGUACCUUUAUGACCACUGUACUUUUUAUGAUAAUAAACGGUGGAGUGCACUCACUCCUUGGUAGCUU